AUGCUCACCAGUUCACUGAAGAGGCUCGUCCCUCUCGCUGCAAUAUUACUGAUCAUCGGCUAUUUCACAUAUGUCUACGAUGACAAGGGCUGGUCGCUCCCACGGUUUGGCGACAGCCUGGGAGGGUUCGGUGCCACUGCGACGGCCAGCGCCAGGCCUUUAGCGACCGACACUGGCCUUUUGCAGUCAGUGCCAUCGAAGGGAGAUUCAAAGGCAUUCCCACCGGAAGAGCCGUCACAACCAUCGCCUCCGAAAGAAGACGGGAAUGUGCCGCCGCCCAAAGACAAGCCAAACCAGUCUCCUCCGAAAGACUCACCGCAAGGCCAUCCCCAACCGCUCCCUCCAUCCCAAGGAGACUCCAACUCCAAAACAUCUCCUUCAGAGCAAGAUGCACCGUUCCUCUCGAGCAAUGCCGCACCGGCCAAAUUUCCUAGCUCAUACCGCGAAGUCUUCUCCGUGUCCCGGUCGAAGGGAAACUACCUAGAGAUCGAAUUCCCCGGAUACAAAGUGUUCAACCCGAACAUCCUCCCCCACCCCACCAAGCCCGAGACGUGGAUUGUGGUGGCCCAGAAAGAGCGAGGUGGCAGCCACGACGACUUUGAAGCGAUCGAGCUGGUCUGCGAGGCCGUGUUCAAGGACGAGACCGACAGUCUGACCUGCUCGACGACCCCUGCCGCCCUGCCGGUCAAAUCGACCAAGGGUGGACUGUGCAAAGGCGAGCUCGAAUGGUUCAAUGGCGUAUCAGGUCCGCACGACGCCCGGGUCUUCUACGGGCCCAAAGACCCAUACAUCAUCUACGGGUCACGAUCGGGGUAUACCUGCUUUGGACAGUGGAUCCAGGACUUCCGUGGGCUUCUCACAGACAAAGAGAAAGACAAGGAGGAGGGAAAGCCUCCGGGCGAAAGACCGUCGAGCCUGUUCACCGCUGGCACCGAGCUACAUCGACCUGGCUCGUUUGGAGUGUUCGAGAAGAAUUGGUUCGUCUUCUGGGACAAGCAGGGACUGAUGUAUGCCCAUUACGACCUGGCUCCGCGGCGCAGCUUUGCACAGCUGAACUAUGACGGGUCUGUGGUUGGCGACGAUCUGGCCGGGUUGGCCACCACCGAUGAAGCUUGCAUGGCGAAGUACAUGCCUCAAGUGUCUGACGGUGAAGGAAAGGGUGAAGGAGCCGGACAGGGAGGAAGCAGCAAAUCAUCUCUGCACCAAGCAACCAAUUCGCUAUCCAUCACGCUCUGCAACCGGGUCGACGCCAGCUGCAAGCCCAACGACGACAACACGUUCAUCAUGUCGGUGUUCCAGCAGAAAUUCUACUAUGCCUACCACAACGUGUACCGGCCGUAUGUGGUGCUUUUCCGGCCCACGGCGCCGUUUGCCAUCUACGCCAUUUCGCAGAAGCCGCUGUGGUUUCAUGGACACCGGAAGGUUGCGGCCAAGGGGACGAGGAGUGUAAAGCGUGGAGAUGAGGACGAAAAACAGCAUCAGCAACAGCAGAAACAGAAACAAGACCAAGAACUUCCCGAGAACCAGGCGGAAAUGUUCUUCGUCACCAGCAUCAGCUGGAAACCCCGCGGCCAGACGUACCACGGAUACCUGGACGACGUCAUGUUCUUGACCUUCGGCAUCGAGGAUAAUCGAGCGGGUGCCAUUGACGUGCGCGCCGGCGACCUGUUGCUAGACCUAGGGGUUUGCGGUUAA